AUGUCGACGCAGAAUUACUACAAGGAAAAAUUGGGUUUCGACCCUAGAGAAGCUUACUAUGUCGACGGGCCUCCGGAAAAAUACAGGAGAACCGAGAGGAAAACCGAUGAAAAGCCGCACGGCUACGAAGAGAACCUGACCAAGUUCAAAGGUACUAUUUGGGAUUUGUUUAUUGAGGCUUCUGAAGGUACGGUGGUGGUUUUCGGGUUUUCGGUUUUCCAGGCAUGA